GUACACGCCAGUCCACGCGCAGCCGCCGUUUCAUGCGCAUCAAAAUUUAUAUAUUUCUAAGAUAUCAUAUUAUCAUGUACCCGUGUGUUGCGCGUGCAUUACCUGUAUGCAUUUGUUGUUAUACCGUUAUGCAUCGUAUACGAGAGCCCGCGAAAAUAUCAUCAUACUGUUGAACCAACUUCGCGACAGUCAUUCAAUAUAAUUUUGAAAUCUAAAAAUUUUUUUCUUAUCAAAUUUAUUUAAAAAAUUUUCAAACUAUUUUUGUACUAUUAACAUUAAAAUAAUAAAAAUUAUAUUGUUUUUUAUUUUUUUUAUAUUGGCAAUUUGGUUAUUUUUUUAUUGAUGAAAUUUUUCAGUAUUAAAAUUGUAAAUUAAUUUGUUUAAUUUGUUUUUUUUUAUACUUAAAGUUCUGUUUAAUUAUUAUUUGUUAAGUGUAAUUUUUUUAUAAAUAAUUUGAAUUGUGAAUUUUCAUUUAUUUUUUAAAAAUUAUCUUUAUAUUUUUUUUUUAAAUUGUGAAAAAAGUGUUUUUUUUUAUUUUUUAAUUUAUCUUGUUGUUGAAAAUAUUGUGCGGUUUUUUUUUUUGUGGUGAUUAUUUUUUAUUGGAUUGGUUGGGGUUUUUUUUUUAUUGUUGAGUGAAGUUUCUUUUGAUUUUUUAAAUAGUUUUUUUUUUACGUUCGGAAAAUUGAUGCUGGAUGAUUUUUAAUCGUCGUGAUUGAAGGUCGGAUUGAGAGACUGCGAUCAAAGGAUGUAGACACCACUGCCUUACGAUGGUACGUGAGUCUUGUGCAAAUUACCCGGAAGUUUAACAGGAUUCAAAAAUGGAUGUUAAAAGUGAAAGGCCACGUACGGCUGACAAAAUUGCACCUACUGGACGUAUAACACCGACUGUUCAUCGUACAAAUAAUGCUAGACGAAAAGCUAUUCCAGUACCACCUCCUCGUGUACCCACUCCAAUGCCAUCGGCCAACAAUAGUCAUCAGAGGAACAAUGCCAACAAUGAAAUUCCAAUGACAAUUCAACCACAAAAAAUAGAGCCACAAGAAAAUAUUGCAAGAAUUGCCAAAAGAUAUCUUGAUGAUAAUAUGCAGCAAGCAUGGAUUAAUCCUCGGCUGAUAUCAAUGAUAAAUAUGGAGGCGGUAACAUCAACUGAUUAUGAUUCUUCAAAUCUGACAAAUAGCUUUAAUCGUAUUGGAUUUAGUACUUAUAAUUAUUCACAAUUUGAAGAAAAAUAUAAACAAUCACGUCAACCUGAACAAACACGUAGUACAGGAAAAUUUGGAAUAUUUGGUAGAACAUUUGGUCGUCACAAUAAUGAAUCAACUGAAAAAACAGAACAAAUAAAUUCAAGAUCAAAAUCACGUGAAUUAAAAUUUUAUCAAAUUGAUGAUCCAGUUAGAAUUCUUGAAAAUCGUCAUGGUAAAUGUUAUCGUUCAAAUGUAGAAAAAAUAUCACACGAGGUUACUCCAACAGUUCAUGAAAAAAAAGAUAUAAAACAAAAUAUCGGAGAUAAAAAUGAAAAACGUGAUAAAUCAAUUGCUUCCACUCACAUAAAACACAAUCAUGUCAGACAGGAGCAAAAGAUUAAUGGACCAAACAAUCAGUUGAAUAAACAGGAGCUGGUCGAGUGUCAAUUAUCGAGUAAUAAUAAGCAGUGUGAUCCACCAAAAUAUCGUCAAUUUGAUAGACCACCAAAGUAUCAAGAGGACCCACCAAAAACUGAGCCACCACCAAAAUAUUGUGAUGUCACAAAAAAACAAGAUGACAAUAAUAAACGAUCACAAGAGGAGAAGGGACGUCGACAAGUGGGGAUGCGGGGCGAAAACGGGCUUGGCGCCGAGGCGCCCGCUAAUCUUACCAGUAUCACGCCAACAGCGCGAGAAGCAACAACACGAAUUGCAUCAAUGCGCCAACGUCAACAACAACAACAACAAUAUAAACAAAACGAUAUUGAAUCAAUUGAUGAUACAAAUGUAAAACGUAACGUUGAUCAAAUGGUCAAUAAAAUACCACAACAACAACAACAACAACAACAAUCGACAAAUAAAAAUAUUAUUAACGGUAAUAAUAAUAAUACAUAUAUUAAUGGUGGUUUGAUACUUGGUGUUAAUGGUGUUGUUGGUGGUCUUUGUUCAAAUGUAAUGAUUGGUUGUAAUGACAACAAAUUUAAGGGAGGCGUUGAGUCAUACCUAAAAACAAGUGAUAAAAUAAAAAUUGAUAAAUCAAAGUGUGAAACUGGUAGUAAAUUUGUUGAAAAAAUACGUUCAGUACAAGAUGCAAUGUAUAAACAACAUGAAAUAAUAAAAUCCAGUAAAAAUGAACCGGUUAUAAGCCACGUGGGUCAUAAAAAUGAUAAUCUUAAGUAUUAUGGAUUUAAAUCUUAUGGUGCAAUUGAUAAACCACUUCAAUCACAUCAAUAUGCAUCAUCUGAAAAAGCUGGUAAUUCAUAUAAUCAUGAAAAAAAUCAUCCACGAUCACUUCAAGCUUAUUCUAGUAAAUCAGGUGAUAAAAGUGUUUACAGUGACAAAUACAAUGAUCAUUACUAUCAUCGAUCAGGUUAUUCAAAAUCAGCAAAUGCAUUUCCAGUUUAUCAAGAAACUAAGUAUGCAAUAAGUGUCAGUGGUGUACCAGGAACACCAGCUCAAGCUAAUGCAGCUGCUGCUUUCUUUGCUCGAGCUGCACAAAAGUGGAACUUGUCAUCUUCUCCUCACAGACGACGACGUUCUGGUGAUGAAAAUAUUGGUAGUGAAGAACAGCCAAAUUUUCCAAAUGGUUAUGCUGCUAUUUUACUUAAAUCACCACCUCCAGCACCACCAGCAUUUUUGCGACGGAUUGGAAUGAAGGAACAAAGUGGAGUUGGCAAGGUUAAAGUAAUGCUAAGGGUAUCAGCCGGUGAUGGAGGAAGUUUUUUUAAUGCUGAUAAAAGAAAAAAACAAGUUACAUUGAUAGAUCCAACAUCAGCUCAAUCAUCAACAGCUGAAGAUAGAAGACCAACUGUAGCUGCUCCAAAAAUGUUUGCAUUUGAUGCUAUAUUUACUGAGGAAGAUUCUCAGACUGAAAUCUGUUCGAGUGCUCUUACUGAUGUUAUUCAUGCUGUUAUCAAUGGUACUGAUGGCUGUCUUUUUUGCUUUGGACACGCAGGACUCGGCAAAUCACAUACAAUGCUGGGAACACUAGAAGCUGGUCAUAAUUUAGGUGCAAUACCAUGUGCAAUAACAUGGUUAUUUCGUGGUAUAGCUGAACAGAGACAACGCACUGGAGCGAGAUUUAGUGUACGAGUUAGUUGUGUUGAACUGACAAGUGGUCAACAACAAUUGAAAGAUCUUCUCGCAGCUUAUGCUAAUGAUUCUGAACAAUCACCAGCUGUUUAUUUACGUGAUGAUCCAUUAUUUGGAACAUUUCAAUUACAACAACACAGUGAAUUACGAGCUCCAACUGCUGAACGUGCAGCAUUUUAUCUUGAUGCUGCUGUUGCUGGACGUCAACGUGAAGAUAGUGAUGCUCAUAUGUUGUAUACACUUCAUGUAUAUCAAUACAGUGUUGCAGGCAAGGGUGGAGUUGCUGGUGGUAGAAGCAGACUACAUUUAAUGGAUUUAGGUAAUUCUGAUCGUGGUAAAUCAGCUGGUGGUAUUCCACUUUCAGGUCUUGGAAAUAUAUUAUUAGCAAUAUUUAAUGGACAAAAACAUUUACCGUAUAAAGAACAUAAGUUAACACAAUUAUUAAAAGAAUGUCUUGGUUCAUUGACAUGUCAUGCAGCAAUGAUUGCUCAUGUAUCACCAAAUGCACAACAUUAUACUGAAACAUUGACAACAGUACAAUUAGCAUCACGAAUACAUCGUAUGCGUCGGCGUAAAAUAAAAUUUAUAAGUGGUGGUGUACAGGGUAAUGGUAGUGGUGGUAGUUCUGGUGAAGAAGCAGCAAGACAAAAUAGUGAAUGUGAUCCAAGUUCAAGUGAUUUAUCAGCUGAUACUGUUAUUUAUGUUGGUCCUGGUGCUGAUGAUGCAACUGAUGGUGAACAUCCACCAGUAUAUUUACCAAGUUUAAAUUCUGGUGAUAAUAGAUGUGCUAUGGGACGUGCAUUACGUGGUUCAGCUGCUGAACGUCCAAGUAAAAUACCAGAAGAACGUAGUCCAGCACAUAAAAUAAAUAAAACUGUUAAAUCAUUAACACAAACAGCAUCAAAACAAACAUCACCAGCUCAUAGUAUAACACCAAAAGCAAGUCCAGCAAGAAAAUCAACAAAUAUUAAAAAUAAUAGUGCCAAAUUAAAUGAUUCACCGACAAAUAGUAAAAUUCCAAUUGCUGCAACAAGUGGAGGUGGUGGUGGAGGAGGAGGAGGAGGUGGUGCAUCUGAUGAACAAUGGAUUGAUGGACCAAGAAUAUCAAAAUCAAAAGUUGCUGAAGCAAGACAUUUACUUAAAGAAUCACAUAGUAAAAAAGAAACAUGGAUUGAUGGACCUAUGAAAUCACACUCACAACAUCAGCAUCAGCAACAACAACAACAACAACAACAACAGCUACAACAAUUACAACAACACUCAAGUGGUUAUGGUUUUAUGGAUAAUCAUAAAAAAAUAAUGAUUAGAAAAUGGGUUGAAAAUCAAUCAUCACAAAUACAAAAAUCAAAACAUUCUACACCGAGAAAUGAAAUAAAAACUUGUCAAUCAUCAGGUAUAUUUAAAGAUAUGAAUAAUUUUAAAACAUGUGAUGAUAAUGAAGAUGAUACAUCAUUAUCAACAGUUGGCAGUGCAACUGAUAGUUUUCGUGGUCAUGAUAUUGAUGAUAUUAGUGAAAAAAUUGGUGCUAAAUUAAAUUCACUUAAUAUUAAAUCAAAUACUGAUUCUGGUUUAGAUUUAACAACAAGUCCAAUUAUGGAUGAUAGUAUUGAUAGAUGUAGAUUGGAUAGUACACAUGAAGAAGAAGAAGAUGAUGAAGAAAUAAUUGUACCACCACCGUUACAAUUAAUUGAGCCAUUAAGUAACGGUGUUAGUCGUGAAGUUUCAAUGGAAAGCCUUAAUUUAUCACACAAAGACAUUGUAUUACCGUCCAGACACUCAUUAUCCUCAGAAGAUGAAAUACUUGAAAUUGUUGAGGUUGAAGAUUAUGAACCUGUACCUACGCAAGAUUCUUGUUUACAAGUUACUGAGGAAGACAUUGCACUUUGUAUGGGUGAAAAUCCGUUACCUGAGAGUGAUCAAGAGGAGCAUCCACUUCGGAUACUUAGUCAAGAAAAUUUAACGAUUGUAUCAACAUUUACUGACUCAAUGUCAGUGAUGUCCGAUAGUGAAAGAUACAAACCUCAAUUUCCGUCUUCCGUGGGAACCGGAGUUUUGCCAAGGCCUUACUUUGACCACGAAGAUUUCCUUGAACAAGAAACUCGACACAAGUUUGAUCAAUUGGCUCGUCUUCAUGAACUUUAUCAGAGUAAACUUGCUCUUGCAAAUGUUUCAAAUUCACUAACUUAUCAGAGAGAAAAUUCAUCUGCAGCAAGUGCUCGUGAUGGCCCAUCAUCAACAAUCUUCCGUCCACCAUCAAGAUGUCAAUCAUUAUCUCUGUCCGAUGUUCUUUUUAAUGAUAAUGCAAGUAAUCAUGGAAGUAUUUAUAGUGAACCAGCUUAUAUACCUGGUAAAACUGAUCAAGAAAAAAUUUGUGAUAAUUGUCGUCAAAGUAUGUCACGUCCAGCAACAGCAUCAUAUUGGUAUCCAAGUAGUGUUGCUCAUCUUGCUAGUCCAAGAAGAUAUUGUGGUAGACUUGGUGAAUGUAAUAUAUCUAGUCUUCGACAUCCAGAUGGUGCAUCAAAUCCAAAUUUAAAAGAAGAAAUUGAAAGGAUACCUGGUAAUGGUGCAUCUGGUUCUGAUCCCGAAGAAGAAUACAUUGAAGCAAAAAAAUUAUUUAUAACUUCUGAAAGAUCUGAACGUACUGUAACAGGAAAAUCAGAUAUUGAAGAAGAAAUAAAAAUUCCAGUAACUGUUCCACUGCAAUUAUCAAUUCCGUCCUCACUACCAUCAUCUGGCAGAAUGCAACGAAAAAUUUUAAGUUUAGGCUCAUCACUUGCAUUAAACAGAGAGAGUUAUGAUUCCGGGGCAGAUUCAACACCACGAGCGACAAAAUUAUCACCAGCAACAGUAUCAAGACAUCGAGCUGAAAGUUCAGGAUAUGAUAGUGUCGUUAGAGAUAGUGAAACGAGUAGUAUUGCAAGUGAUUCAUCAAGACAAACAUCUGCACUUCAAGAACAUCAAGCGGUGGAACAACUGGGGGACGUGUUCGUGCACCAGUCACAUCAAGUGGUACCUCCCGUGCCAAUACUCGUAUACACAGACGAGGACGUGGACAUCAUGGAACGACGAGGAUGUCUACGCUCGGAUCCACGUGGCAUGAUGUACAAGAUAAACAACCUUCGGCUUCGCCAGCGCCUACUUAAAAUUGAACUUAAAAAUGCCAAGAGGCGUAUCUUGGUGCCAGAUGAUCGGUGGACUUUUGACUUGCACGUUGAGGAUAGUAUGGACUGGAGAGAUCCAUCAUUUUUAGAAGCUCUGGAAUCUGAAACAGUUAUAUUAAAAAAACGAGUUGAAGCAUGCAAAAGUCAUGUACUUGUUGUAACAUGUUUUGAUUCAUUUCCAAUAAAUCAAAGAAGAAAAAAAAUAAAUGCUGUAUCACUGCCUAAAUUCAAGGUUUCUUGAUGUUGACUGCAAUCAGCACACAUGACAAUUUGCUGAUUUACAUGAAGACUUUAUUAUAUAUUAAAAAUUUUAAUUAUACAAUUUAUCAAUUAAUAAUUGACUGUCAUCAUUAUCAUUAUCAUCAUAUAAAUAAUAUUAAAAUAAUAUUAUUUAUUCAUAAUUUUUGAUAUUCAAAGUCGACACUCCUCCAUUGACAACCAAAUAUAUACAAUGUUUUCCCAAAAAGACUGCUGGCUAUUGCCAAAUUAUUAUUUCACAUGAGUAUAUUUAUUAAAUAAAUUUAUAUUAAAUAAAUAAAAAUAGAUAAAUAUAAAAUGUAAAAAAUAAACCGAAUUUACAACUGAAUAAUUUAGUCAAUAAGUCAUCUGAAUUGAAUUAAAUUAAUAUUUCAAUUGUCAAUUUAUUACAUUAAUUCAUUUUAUUAUGUAAAUUCCAACUAGAACCUGUACAAAAAAUUUUUUAAAAAAAUUAAAUAAAUGAAAAUAACGAAAAUAUAUAUAGAGAUUAAAUUAAAUAAAAUACAACAAAAUAAAAAUAAUAAUUAUACAUCAAUUUAUGUAAAAAAAAAUAAAUAUAUAUAUAGAUAUAUAUGAGUUAUAGAUAAUUUAACAUUCGAGGUGUAAAACCAUCAGCUAAAAUUCAAAACAAACAUCGAAAAAAAUUUAAAAAAUGGUACACCAUUAUAUAAAAUAAAAAAUUAAAUAAAUUCCAUAAAAUUUUAAUAUUAAUGCACGCUCGUUCAUUCAAGAUAUUAUCGUAUAGCUUUAAUCGUUAUUUGCAAUUACCGCACGUGAUAGGGCUCUGUAAUUCACUUAGACACAUUCAUCGUUAAAACAAACAAAUAAUAAUACUAAUAAUAUAUAAAAUAACCAAUUAAAACAAUCAUAAGUUUAAUCGUAAUUUUUAAUCACGCAAAAAAUGAGCCUCAAUAAUUAUUUGUCAUAAAUAAAUAAAUAAAUAAAAUGAAUGAAAUAAAUAAUUGAAUAUUCAAAAUUACUGCGCACAAAUAUCGGGUAAAAAUGGAAAAUAAAAUCCAUUAGCAAUUGUUAAAAGCCAUAAGAUUAAUACAGAUAAAAAUAAAUUAAAUUUUCAUAUUUAAAUGUAUUUAAUAAAAUUUUUAAAGUAAAAAAAAUGUGUUGAAGUGCAAGCGGUUAUACCUAAAAAAUAAAAACGACAACGUGAACGGGAUUGAUACCGUAAUAAAAAAAAAAUAAAACCGUUUUCCAUCAGCGGUGAUAAAUAAAUAAAUAAAAUAAAUAAUUAAUUUACAUGUCACAAAAAAGUGUCACUGUAUCAUAUUACAUGUACCAUAUUUAUGUACAAAUUAGUCAUAAUUUAAAUAUAAUUGUAAUAAAGAAAAAAAAAAUAUUCAGAUGAAUUUCCAUACAAGACAAUUCAUGUAUAUGGAUAAUCUAAAAAUAGUUACCGUGUCAUUGAGAUAACUAAAUAGAUGAUCACAAAUUAAGUGUUACCAUAACUUCCCUCGAUCAUAACUGAUAAUUUUUAAAUUUAUAAAAUAUGUUAAACUGAAACGUUCUAUUAUUUUUUUUUUUAUUAUUAUUAUUGCUAAAUAAAGGGAUCAGAAAUACCUUCUAGACAAUGACGUAGUUUUA